AUGUUCGACGCAUUGCGUGAGCCCGAGAGCAGAACAAUGGUGCCUCUCGUCACACUCGUCGCAAUCGAGUCGGUCCGGACAGCCGCGCGCAAUGAAUUGGUCGAAGAGCUGACCCGCGCCGCCACUUGUACCAGAUACUACUCCCACGAUACGGACUAUGCUGGCUUCCUGACCAGCAUCGCGAAGACAAUGGGUGACACGACCUGGCCACCGAAGUUCUCAGCCGCGGGUGUGGACACCCUAGGAGCCGCACUCUCAAAGAUCGAGAACUUGCCAGACUACGAUCUCACCUGCUGCGUCGAAACAGUCUCUGCCGGCCGGUCCAAGAGCUCGGUUGCCAAAUACACCUGCGCUAGCAUAGUUCAGAAGGUCGCCCUCAAGUGCGAGGGUCUUUGUCUGCAGUGUAUCGUUGAGGACGAGUCGGAUCUGACGAAAAGGUGCACCAAGCACAUUUGA